AUGGCAUGCGGAGAUCAGCUAAAACAAUGGGUGAAGGGGAACGUUUCAGCGUGUCCAAGCUCCAUGUUUAUUUUUGAUGAGAUGGACAAAAUGCCAACAGACCUGAUCGACAGCAUCAAGCCAUACCUGGACUACCAUGGGACUAUUGAUGGGGUUUCAUAUGGUCAGGCCAUCUUCAUUUUCCUCAGCAAUUCAGGGGGGACGGAGAUUUCCAAGGUGGCCUUGGACUUCUGGAAGAAAGGUCAGAACAGAGAGGAGAUCAAUCUGAUGGAUUUGGAGAAGGAUCUUACUCUCUCAGUCUUCAACAACGAAAAGAGUGGUUUCUGGCGGUCUAGUCUGAUUAGUGAGAAACUGGUGGGCUUCUAUGUGCCUUUCCUGCCUCUGGAGUACAAGCAUCUGGUUGAGUGUGGACUUGCAGAGAUGAAGGCCAGAGGCAUGAGGCCAGACAAGGAUGUGGUGGAGAGAAUGGCCAAAGACUAUUCCUUCUUCCCAGUCGAAGAGCGCAUCUUUUCUACUCAGGGCUGCAAGAUGGUCUCCAAGCGAUUGGAUUUUUAUUUGUAACACUUCUGGGAGGAGUUAAUUCUAACCACUUGUUCACAUUAACUACAAAUGACAGAGGCAAAGCGACUACCUGUAGCUGCCAUCCAUUUUUAAACUCCAGAGUCAGCGUUUUACAAGGGUAUGCAUAGUGUGUUUCUGUGGUCUCACCCCAUGGAAAUGUAAGAAUAUCGCCAGUGUUUUGGUAACAAUAUUGGCAAAAAGUGGCAUUUAGAAUAUUAGUAUGCUUUGUUCCACAAUAACAGGGCUAUUGAUGGUGUUUGUAUGGUUAUUGCAUACCUUCUUGGUAGGUAUAUAGUCUUGUAGUUUUAGACGAAAACUUCAGAAAUGUUCUUAAAAAAUAAUCAAAACAAUUUAGCCAAAGAAAGCUGUAUUUUGUAAAAAAAAAUCUUAUGAUGAUAUAUCCAGACAAACUGGG